AUGCUCUGUUUUCUAAGAUGUACUAAUCCAGUUUUGACUUUAUCAAGGUCUGUACGCGUUGCAAGAUAUGUCAGGCCAUAUCUUCGUAAUCUCUAUGAACGGCGUCUUGUGCAAGGCCCAGAACCAUACCGACCACGUUCAGUUUGGAAACCCUGGAAUUACGACUCAGAAAUUCUGGCAUUUAAGAACAGAAUAGGGGAAGAUAUUGAUGCGAAUGUUCUUUAUUUGUGCUUUACUGACAAGUCAUUUGCGUCUUACACGAAUUCCAAGGAUAUAAACGGUCAAUUGAGGGAUAAUUCGAAGUUGGCUGAGAAAGGCAGAGCAGUAUCUGACCGAUACAUUAGGGGGUUUUUGCGCAAGUUUUAUCCACGUAUUCCCGAAGAAUGGAUUUCCUGCAUUCGUGAUCGCCUUCUUUCUGACAAGGAAUUAUCCCACGUUGGUUCUCAUCUUGGAAUUACAGAUGUCCUCCAAUACUCCUUAGAGGAAAAACGAUUUGACGAUUCUCCUCUUCUACCAGCAAUUAAUCAGCCUCCACCUAAUGGUACUAUCGCGACCUCAUUUCUAGCCCUAAUCGGAGCCAUUGCAAGUAAUCAGGUAUUAUUUUAG